AUGGCAAGCAAACGACCGGAAUUCGAGGCUGAGCGGAGAGAGAAGACGAAGAGAGGGGACCUGCAUAUGACAGCUAUAGCACAUUGGGUGAUUGUUGCCCUCCACUACCCUCACCGCCCUCCAAAAACGGCAGAAAUGACAAAGGCCGCUUCAGACCAAAAUAACAGAAAGAACGGCCGACGUUCAUCAUAUCUUGAGCACAUCUUGCAGUCCUCCGCUUCUUUGGAAAUGUUCCUGGCACUCUGA